AUGGCUCCACCAAAAUUUCGUCGUCGUGCGAUGAGCACUGGCUCUCAGCAAGAUCAUAAAAUGCCAUUGUUGGAUCCGGACAGUGGCGACAGCACUCGCGGUAUCUAUAUUCCCCACGCUGCCGGCAUUUACAUUACCAAGUCCAAAAGCGGUAAUCUCGUCUUCGCGCGCAAGAAACGUAGUAGCCAAAAAGAAGGUUGCGAACAACCUCCCAUUUGUUGCGCCAACGUAAACCGCCAAAACCGUCGCCGCAAGAGCUUUCGCUCCCAGAGUUCAGGUUUCACUAUAUUCCCAAUCUCCAAAAUGUCGUCCGUUCCCCAGAGCGAACCUAGCAAGCAUUGCCAAUCCUGUAAAUGUGGUGGAAAUUCUCCAGCAGAAGUCGUCCAACCCAAUCACCAACCACCUCCUAAUUCGCCUUCCUCUUGUCAGCAUUGCGGUAAUCAGAGUCCUGGAAGCAACACACCCCGCAACGAGAUGCCACGAGUGAACAGCCAGAACUUCAACCCUUACCCAACACAAUGGGCGGAAGCACCGCCGCCUGCUCAACCUCCCGUUCUUCACCCUCCUCAUUGGAACACCCAGCCUCCUACUAAUAGCUUACCUGUCAUGGCGAACGACCAGAUUUCUCCACCAAACUCAGCAAAUAACAUCCAAGGCUUCGCUGGACAGCUACCAAUGUCAGCUAGCAAUCAGUACUUGGGACCACAGCAGCAACCGAUAGGACAUCGUGCAGUUUCAAUGCCCAUUUACAUACCUCAGGCUCAAACCAUAGCUGCAUAUCCAGACCCUGCUUACUACACUCUGUCUGGACCUGUGUCUGGACCUGCGCGUCUACCCUCCCAACCAGGACCAAUACCAGCUCCGGAUCUAGCUAUAGCCCCGCAAGAUGAUGGCACAACAGCUGGUAACAAUCCUCUCACAUAUCGCCUCAGUGAAGCCAGAAUGUGUGAGGAUCACUACAACGCAACUUUAGCAGCACAAGCAGCGGAAGACGAGAAAGCUAAGAGAGAAAAGGAGACCAAGAAGAGACUAGAACUGGGCAAGCACUUUCAACAUGUCCACACAUGCGCGAGCUGCGGGAACGUUAGAUCUAGAGCAUAUCAUGAGGCACACCCAUUGGAGAAGGGCCAAAUUCCCGAUCGAGACUACUGUCGUAGAUGCCUAUACCUGGCCACCCAAAUUGAUCGUGAAGAGCCAAGAAAAGCUUCUAUGUCCAAAAGCCCAAGCGCAGGAUCCCCAUCUAGCGCCGCCCAUACGGGUAUACUUCGCAGUAUCUUCCGCGGCAAGAAGACGCCAAAGUCCCCGAAGAUCCGCCGUAUUGGUAUCUGGAAGAAGAGGCAAUGGCGCCCAAGCCAAGUAUCGAACACUCUAACUGAUCCAAGUGUUUUGGGCGACGAUUCUAUCGUACUCCCGUCGACGACCUCGGUGGAUGAAUCAGACGUUGCAAUCACACCACCUAUCCCCCUUGUAAAUCAGGGACAAGAACGUAGCAGACACCCAGUAGCAUCUCCGACUUUAAAGCCGCGCAAGAUCAAUGAUAAGGCGCCUUCAUCGAGCAUAAAUAUCCCCAAACAUCGCAACCGCAGGAACAAAGCUAAGGGUUUAAAGAACGAGUCUCGCGCCGAAAGUUCCGCUGUAGCCACCAGCCGAACGCGAGAGAAACGGGCGCAACCCGAUGUGGUCUCCAAGGCGAAUAGACGAAGUGAUCGUCACGCCGACGGCAGUCAGGCCUCCCCUGAAGUCGUCACCCAUAAAGGACACACUAGGAUCGUACCUAAGAAGGUCACCGUAGAAAGUAUUUCGGACCGAUCGGGAGGCUCUGAUCAUAAGGAAUACCGAGGAAGACAUCAGACCGUAGAUCAAGAUCAAGACGAAGUUCGUCCUAAUCCUCGCAAUGAGGUAUGGGAUACACUCGAAGUUACUCAUAAUAGCGAUCAUGACAGCACUUCUCGUGUUAAGCAGAUAUCCCACGAAAAUCGUGAGUUAGCCCAGGGAUACCAGCCCAUUCUGAAGAGUAGACAGAAGGUACGCAUCAGCGACCAAGAUCAAGUAUAUCUUCGCUCGAUAUCGGGAUCCGAGCAGUUUGAGGAGGGUUUGGAACGCGCUCGACAAGGACGUCAUAUUCGUGGAUGGGAUGGCAAUCAAGAUAGUCGAGAUGGUCAAUCUCGUGACGACUUUGAACUACGUCGUCGCGGAUUCAUGGCCGGGUAUAUGGAAGAGGUCGGAUCAGGCGAACCUAACAAUCAUCACUUCGGGACCAAGUGGGAUAUGCCGCCGACGCCGACGAACCAGUCGCUUGGUGACGCAGCCUCAGAACCACAUAUUAUGGAUGAGGGAUGGAAUUUCGGUCAAGAGGAUCCGGAUCAGGGCAAAGGCGAAGAAGAAGCAGAACACUGGUUCGAAGACGACCUAGCAGAAGCCAGUAAGCUCUUCGACACAUACAUGGGCAAGGGAGCGGGGGGUUCUCUCCCUCCCUCUCCCCCUUCCUUCAACCCUUCGAGCCUCGCAACACAUACCGAGGUUUCUGUAAACUCGUAUUGUUCUAAUGAGGAGGAGCAUGAUGAUGCUAACACUGGUACUAUCUACCAACUAGACGAAAGUUCAGUCGGUGGUGAUACGCUCGACGAGAGGGAGGAUCUAGUUAAGAGUCUUGAAUAUUCGAGUAUUGAAGAUCUCAACAAGAAGAUGGCUGCAGGUCAACGCGACCGGGCGUCCUCAAACCACCGUCGAUCUUCAAAAGGACCUCACGGAGGCCAAUUGGAUUCCGCAAAGAAAGAAUCGAAGAAGGGCAUUUAUCACCACGGCGACGAUGAAUCGGAUAGCUCAUUGUAUCUACCGCCACCGGAUGCUAUAUGUUCCAUGAUCGCUCACACGGGACGCUCGACGGAGGACGCUUCUCUAGGACGACGCGACGAUAAUAACGGAGCUCAAGAGGGUAGGCGACGACGAGUUCGUCGUCCAUCACGAAUGUAA